AGAGCCAGACCUUGACCCCAUGACUCUCCUCCGACGCACCGCCUACUCCUCCUCCGCCUCCUCCUCGAUCCUCCAGAUCGCCGGAACCUUCUUCCGUGCCCCCCAUUCCUCCACCGCCGCCGUCGCCGGCAGCACUUAUGGAGUUCACGUCUUUCAAUGCCCUGACACGGUGGGCAUCGUCGCCAAGCUGUCGGAGUGCAUAGCCUCGCAUGGUGGGAACAUCCACAGCGUCGAUGUCUUCGUUCCCGAAGACAGGCGCGUCUUCUACUCCCGAAGUGAAUUCGUAUUUGAUCCUGCACGUUGGCCGAGGGUUCUGAUGGACAAUGAUUUCUCAAAUUUGUCAAAGUUUUUCAAUGCUAAAAUAUCUAUUGUACGAGUUCCAGAUCUAGAACCAAAACAUAAGAUUGGAGUUCUUGCUUCAAAGCAGGAACAUUGUUUGGUGGACUUACUACAUGAAUGGCAGGAUGGUAGACUGCCAGUGGAUAUCAAAUGUGUCAUAAGCAGCAACCAUGAGAGAGCUCCCAAUACUCAUGUUAUACGGUUUCUUGAAAGACACGGGAUUCCUUAUCAUUGCUUACCGACUUCUCCAGGAAAUAAAAGAGAAGACGAGAUAUUGAACUUGGUUAAAGAUACUGAUUUUCUUGUACUUGCUAGAUAUAUGCAGAUUUUGUCUGGUAGAUUUUUGGAUAGCUAUGGGAAGGAUAUAAUCAACAUUCAUCAUGGUCUUCUUCCAUCUUUCAGGGGCGGGAAUCCUUCCAAACAGGCUUAUGAUGCAGGGGUGAAAUUGAUUGGUGCAACAAGUCAUUUUGUAACUGAAGGACUUGAUGCAGGUCCAAUUAUUGAACAAAUGGUUGAGAGAGUUUCUCAUAGAGAUAAUCUACGAAGUUUUGUACAGAAGUCAGAGAACUUAGAAAAGCAAUGUCUGGGAAAGGCAAUAAAAUCAUAUUGUGAACUUCGGGUCCUGCCAUAUGAGUUGAAGAAGACCGUUGUGUUCUGACAAAGGCUAAUGAAGGCUUUUAACACAACAAUGGAGGCUUUUGUCCCCAACUUUGAUGGUGAUAACUGGCUGAGGAAAUUCCUUACAGAUAUCAACAAUGUUUCCGUACAUUCUACAAGAAAUAUCAUAGGUGAUGCUCAUACAUUUCCCCUACCUGCUUUCUGUCACCAUAACAAAUACUUGCUUCCUUUUCAUCAAAUCACAUGCAUCACAUAUGCCAAAUAGCAUGCAUCUAAAGAGAGGCAGGGAAGCAGUAAUGCCUUUCUCGAAAAUUGUGCUUGGAUGCUGGUUAAAAGAUGGACAAUAAAGAAUUGUAUGGUUAAUUAACCAAACAUUAUCCGAAAAGUGGUGGAUAAAUUUAUUCGGUCAAAGGUCAAAAAGAUGAUUAAUCUGGAUAAAUUUAUUCUUCCAGGAGGAAGGCUGAAAUAAUAACUUUAACAAUCCAAAACUCUCCUCCUCAUUCCACAUUUUUCACAUUUUCCAUAACUUUAACCAAGCAAUUAUAGGAGCACCAAGCAAACAACAAACAAUUCAUUCACUUGUUAGCCGAUUAGGGUGUAACAAUCAAUGAUUAAAGUUAGAUGGUUAGCUACUCGAACAUCCCAAUGCUACAAGGCAACAUGUGAUAUAAGCCGUCUGGCCAAUACAUUGAGAGUUGAUCUCUAGCUAAGAAACUCCGAAUCUCAGACUCCGUGGUGUAUGUUACACUCCUACAUUGAAAUAAAAUACUCCUACAUGAAAUAAAGUACUCAUCAUUUCUCUUUGCAUUAGAGAGAGAUCAAGCUAAUACCUAUUUGAUUCUCAUUUCAAAUUUUAGAAUAACCUUGCAAUAUUGGCACUGCACAUUAAGAGACGUUGAUCUAUCUCUUUAGAAAAAAAUUGACUCACAUUAGAAUACAGAACUUAUAGAAUUGCCCAUUGAAGAUACAAAGACCUUUCAAAUUACUUAUAAGAUUGUUGAAUAGUUUAAUAGAUCACCACUAUCUUUUAUAAAACAUUUUUAUUGUUUUUUCAUAAUUUUUUUAUAAAUAGUUCCUAUAAAUUCUCGCGGCGGAACGAUUUUGCCUCCCUCUUCAUAAAUAAAUAAAUAAUAAAAAAAAAACCUGAUAGCGCGUGAAGACCACUUUCCAAUCACCACAAGGAUGGCCUGCCCCUUUCCUUCCUUCAAGGACACCACCGAGCUCUGAACAAACUAGGUUGAGCACAAGCACCUCCAUGUCCCCCAACUAUCCCGGGCCAAAAUUUUCUUCUGAUGAAAUGAGGACCUCCAAAUCUACAGCUACAUUCAUCUCGAUCUAAAUUCACAAGCAAGCAGAUGAAUGUAACUUAAAUAUACCUUCGUAACAAUUUGGCACUUUGAUUUGACCGGACAUCGCCAUGCUAAAAGCCGAUCAUUUGAAUUCCCAGCGUAGAUAACGACUGUCUUGGGGAGUAGUAAAAAGAGUGUAAGCAGAGUACUCGAAAAGACGGAACACAUAGAUGCCAUGCCGUUCUAAGCAUCACCAGCCCCACCACCAAACUCCCCUUCCACACUCCAAGCUUAUUAGCUUUCAUUAAGCUAUACUAAAUAUGCCAAAAAAAUUUAUCCACCAACAUAGCAUCGAGACAAGACGGUAAAACAGUAAAAGAGAGUAUGUGAAGCAAAACCCAGACCACCCCAAGAAGCAUAGAGCAAGAUAUAUAGCAGCUAAAGCAAAAGCCAGAGCAAAUCCCAUCCUAACUCCUUCCUGUGUACAACAACAAAACAAGCCCACAUCCUUAUACACAAAAAUAUCACAUUACUCCUCCCCUCUCCUUUCUUCUUAUUAAUCAACA